AUGGUAAAAUUUAAGUUAGAGCCAUAUGGGCCCGGAGACUGUCGAGUCCUUCGCUAUCUGAACGGAGCCAUCAUACGAGAACCUUCUAUUCAACACCUUUUCACUCUUGAAAGUAGAAAAGGCGUCAACAAGGACGAAAAUACGAGUGAAAGUGUUUCAGCCGAUAAAAAUGACGAAUCUAUGGAACUUGUGGAUGACACAGUAGCCAAAAAUGAGGAAAAUACAACGGAGAUAGACAAAGGAGACACUGAAAACGCCCAUAAGGAUGUAAUUAAUGGAACAUCAACUACUAUCGCAAACACUUCCAGAGAUGACUUUGCUCGUGAACUACACAAAGCUAACUGUACGAAUUGGCAUAUGGUAGCCUCUAGUAUAUGUAUGGCUUCGAGCUUGUGGAUACAAAAGGAUAUUCCUCUGGAAUGGAACGAGGCCAAACUUGAUCAAGUGAAUGGACAUAAUGUUUUAUCAAAGCUAAAGGGCAUAUUUGAUCAUUUGACAGAAAGCAAGGGGUUACAACUAUCGCAUGUUGUUGCAAAGAGUAACAACAAGUAUCUAAAGUAUGCCAUUUUUGAUAGGAAUGAAUGCCUUAAAAAGUAUUCUAAUAAGGCGCUACAAGUCUCUGACUUGCUUAUGAACUCGUUAAAUAUUCAGACAAAGUUCCUACAGAUUAUCAAGGAGAUAAAGAAAGAAUUCAAGGUCCUUACAAGUGAGCGUAACUUUGUCGAUUUAUCCUCUCAGGAUAUUGACUAUCCGACAUCGUUCUCUGUCAUGGUUGCCUUUUUUGACCUCUCUUAUCAACCUCAUUCAAAGGACCUGAACAUUUGCAUAGACUACCAAAGCGAUGAUUUUAGUAAACCAGUGGAGCUUGAAGAAGUAGACUAUGACUACAACACAAAGAUAGAAGGUGAAAUAUGGGAGCUGUGGGAAAUCCAUAACUUGGCAUCGCCAUAUGCACCUCAGCAAUGUCUAUUAUCGCACUAUGAAUCCAGUGACGACUUGGAAACAAAAUUGACAUUUCCUCAGAAUGUAUCAUAUUUCAUAGAAAAUGACUAUGGUUUGUCCAUAAAUGCAUCAAGUAUACCGCUUUUCAACAAGGGCGACUCUUCAAACGUACACUAUCAACUGAGGAAGGCACAGACCUGCUUGAUUGACAGGCUGAUAUACGCCAUCCUUUGCCAAGAAUGCUUUGUCAGCUUGAAGCUGGGAAGGAAUAUUCUCUACAUUGGAGACUCCAGUGUACUCAUAAAAUACAUAAAUUCAGCUCAGCUGCUUCUUGUGUACAAGGCAACGGAGAUACAAAUCUCCUACAAGAGUUGUGACCGAGUGGAAUCCGGAGAGACUAUAUGGAAGCUAGCAAUAACAAAGUUGAGGGACAUUCUCAUACAGGACUGGAAGAGACGAAGCUUCCUGCUAGACAACAGAAAGGAUAGUAUGUUGAGAACCUUUCUCAAAUACGUUAUCAAACUCAUCGACUACAAGACUGCACAAAGUAUGACCACUUGA